AUCUCAGCAGAAGGACCUGGAAAGGGAGCGAUUUGGUUUGCUCUCUGUAGAUGUGUUAAUGAUGGGAAUCUUUCAAAAGUCGGCUUGCAAGGACAGAAGGACAAAUGCAAUUCUAGGAUGUGUAAAAUGGAAAUUAGGCACCGGGACAGAAACUGGAUUGCUUCAAAGAUGAGAAGCUGGGGUAAAUUAAGAAGUACCAGAUACCAUCUCGGAAAUACUGGAAUCUAAUAUCUGACAAUUACUUUGAGAAAAGUUUGCUGAGGGAAACCACAGGGUACUGCCAGCACCGCAUAGCUCUGUGCUCUAUGCGUUUUGUACAGAUUGCAGAUAAUUUCACAUUGACCCCUGUUUUAUAUCUGAAAAAAAUCUAUCAAGUUACUGUGUUAUUUAAAAUACCCCUGAAUGUUUCUGUGUCCCCCGGGGAUGUGGUUGCAGUGCUGUCUUUACUUCCCGUUUCUCCCUUAGUGCUCCAAAAUCCACAAGCUGCUGCUGUCCCAGACUGCUGUCUCUUCGGGGAAGCAGAGGAUGGGUUAGUGGGUGAAUUACAAAGUAAUUUGAUCGAGGGCUCUGAAGAUACGAUCUCUCCUCAGUUUUCUUCCCUUGUAAUGUCAACACUGUGGUUUUUAGAGAAUAAUACUUUGCACGUACGCUCUGAAGUUCCAGCUUUGGCUCUGACUUGUCCUAAAAACCACUUUGUUGGGUUUGAUCUGAUAUGGGUUACCAUCUGACAGCUCUUGUCCCUCUAAGAAACUCGUUUCCAAAUUCUCUAUUACAAAAGCUUGAUCAAAAGAUAAAACUUGAACUAAUAAGAUGAAUAAUUUACCAAGAUGAAAGAAAAAUGGAACGGGGCAAAGCUAAGAGCCCGAGGCACUGAUGCGUUCCCAAAAGUCUGUCUUGUCUGUGCUGACUCUUGCUGACCGUAGUGUCUCUCUUGUUACUGCUACUAUUACUGAAAAUGAGGCCGUUUCUACCUGAAAAUAAGAUUUGUCAAGGCUUAUAGAGCCAUUAAGGUUGGAAAAGCCUUCAAGAUCAUCUAGACCAACCUACCCUCACUGUGUGCACUGACCACGUCCCUGUGGUUCCUCAGCACCUCCUGGGAUGGUGACCCCAGCACUGCUGUGGGCAGCCCAUGCCAGCGCAUCACUGCUGUUUCAGAGAAGUCUUUCCUGAUGUCCAACCUGAACACAGCAGCUCAGUAAAAUGCUCAACCUGACGUGAGCAAGCGUUCACUUCUUGCACAGUGCUUCCCGCCAGCUCCUGAAUGCUGUGUGCUUUCCAUUCUUCAGGUGGCUGUGAUGUGAGACAACACGCAUCGUGGGUGCGCUGGGAGAAUCUAUGAACCCGCUUCUUGAAGGCAGGAGCUGCUGCACUGAGCAAAGGGCAGCCGGCUGUGCCACCACCGCUCGGCGCCGUGCCCGUCCUGCACGCACCCAGCUACCAGAAUGAUCGCUGCUCACAACAGUAGCCGUACCAGGUGAAGAGAGGAAGCACACAGCCGAGGUUCUUACCAUGCACUGAACAGCACGGCAUCACACGCAGAGUGCUGGGAAAAUGUCUGCUUGCAACACCUUCACUGAGCACGUCUGGAAACCUGGUGAAUGUAAGAACUGCUUUAAGCCAAAAAGCUUGCAUCAGUUACCCCCGGUGUCUGAAAAAAAAACCCUCUCACAUGACAAUCUGAAAACCAAUGCAAACCAAAGUAACGGCCAGCGUGGCAGAAACACGGGGAGUUUCCGACCGCCUGUGGCAAAGAAACCCACGAUAGCUGUGAAGCCCACCAUGAUGGUGGCAGAUGGGCAGGGCGUGUGCGGCGAAAUCGGCGCUCCAGAUCAUUGUGAGAACAAAUCGGUGCCCGCGGGUUGGAACCGAAACAAAGCUGUCUUGCACAAAAAACCACUGAACAAUAAUAAUGAAGAUGAAAUCGAGGGCUACAGCCACGUUCCUAGGCCUUAUGGCAACAGUGAUGGGGUAGGGAAGAUACCAAAUAAUAAUAAUAAUGGACUGACAGAAGUUUUGAAGGAGAUCGCAGGUUUGGAUACCGCACCUCAGCUGGCUGGAAGUGAAAUGAACUCGAGAGAAACCUUCUUGGGAAGAAUAAAUAACUGUUAUAAGAGAUCGUUAGAAAGAAAGAUUCCUCCAAGCUGCAUGAUGGGUGGGAUGAAGGAUUCUCACGGUAAGCACGUUAUUCUGAGUGGGAGCACUGAGGUCAUAAGUAAUGAAGGCGGACGUUUCUGUUACCCAGAAUUCUCUAGCGGAGACGAGAGUGAGGAUGACGCGUUUUUUGGCAGCAUGCAGGAAGAGCAUGAGAGCUGGGACGAAAGUGAUGAAGAAUUGCUAGCAAUGGAAAUUCGGAUGAGGGGCCAACCUCGCUUUGCUAAUUUUAGAGCUAACACUCUAUCUCCUGUUCAGUUCUGCGUUGACAAAAAAUGGAAUACCGUGCCUCUUAGAAACAAGUCUUUGCAGCGGAUCUGUGCUGUAGAUUACGACGACAGCUACGAUGAAAUUUUAAACGGUUAUGGGGAAGAGACUGUGAUUCUGUAUGGGCAAGAGAGCAUGCAGAGCAUGGUAUCUUCUGAUUCCACAUCUCCCGAUUCUUCUUUGACAGAAGAGUCUCGUUCUGGGACAGCCAGCAGCUCUUCACAGAAGCUCUGUAAUGGAGGAUUAUCUCCUAGUACUCCCCAGGACAUCAAAUUGAUUGAACCAGAAUAUGAAAGUCUCUGUGAUAGUCAGCAAGCGAAGGAUGUGUCAAAAGCUUCCAGGAAUGUUCCAAAGAGUCUAGAAACCCACAAGGCCGUCCUUGCUCUCCGACUGGAAGAGAAGGAUGGCAAAAUCGCUGUGCAGACUGAUAAACAAGAGAAUAAAAGUCCUUCGGAUGUUAGCGGUCAGGCAGUAACUAUAAAUUUGGUGCCUGUGGAAGAGCAAGCUAAACCUUACAGAGUGGUGAAUAUGGAACAGCCAGUUUGCAAGCCAUAUACCGUAGUGGAUGUAUCAGCAGCCAUGACUAAUGAAUGUAAGGAGAGUCAGACUGAAGCCUCAGAAGCCAAAAAUACAUCAUCUAACCCAAGUUCGCCGGUAACGCCAGGCACACCUAUUAAAUCCUCUGCAGCAUCACCUGCACGAGUCAAUGCCAAUCUGAAAAAAUCCAGUGCAAUCAGGUAUCAAGAAGUGUGGACUUCUAGCACUAGUCCAAGACAGAAGAUACCGAAGGUGGAGUUAGUUGCUAACAGCUCUGGACCUUCUGUUCCUCCCAGGAAGACAAGCCACAAGUCAGCUCCUACUUCGCCUACAGCUACAAACCUGUCUUCUAAAACGAUCCCAGUUAAGUCUCCCAAUUUAUCUGAGAUAAAAUUCAACAGCUAUAAUAAUGCCGGCAUGCCACCUUUUCCCAUUAUCAUUCAUGACGAGCCCACUUAUGCUAAGAGUUCCAAAAAUGCCAUUAAAGUUCCGAUUGUAAUCAAUCCAAAUGCAUAUGACAACCUGGCUAUCUACAAAAGUUUUCUAGGGACCAGUGGAGAGCUGUCUAUCAAAGAUAAAACUACCAGUGUAAUUAGUCACACUUACGAAGAAAUAGAGACAGAAAGCAAAAUGACUGAAGCUACAGGAGGCAAACCCACUGAAGCAAAGGGGGUGACGAAUAGCACUGAGUGUAGACUCGGUUCUGUGGCUCAGAAGGUGCAAGAGUUUAACAGCUGCCUCGGUAAAAGUCAGAUAUCACCACAGAGAAGUCACAGCUCUGACCACAGCUCCCCAUCGAGAAUUCAGAAGGCAGCACAAGAACCUGCAGAUGUGACCCCGGAGGCUUCUGCUCCCACUGGCAGCAGCAGCAGAGAGAAUGCAAGCACGGUGCUUUCACAGAUCGUGGCUUCCAUCCAGCCUCCGCAGUCUCCUCCAGAAACUCCGCAGGCUGGGCCCAAGUCUUGCAGUGCAGAAGAGCUGUAUUCCUUACCUCCUGACGCAGAUGCUGCUAAAAACACCCUUGUACGCCCUAAAUCCCUGUUUACAUCACAGUCUGAAGUAGAGUCAUCCAAGACCGCGGAAAGCACUGCCAUUAAAAUGCAGAAAGACACAGCUGCACAGCCAGUUGCCACCAACUCCCCAAAGCCAGUGAGAGGCACCCCGAAUACCACGAGUCCCAAAGCAGAACAGGCACCACCAUUCCCUCCUCCGCGGUCCACGUCUUCACCCUACCACGCGAGUAAUCUGCUGCAAAGGCAUUUUAGCAACUGGGCCAAACCCAACAGUCCCACCAGGUCGACAGAGGCGGAGUCCAUCCUGCACUCCGAGGUUCGGCGAGCUGCUGAUGCUAAACCCAAACGCUGGAUAUCGUUUAAGAGCUUCUUCCGCCGCAGAAAAACCGAUGACGAGGAAGACAGAGAGAAAGAAAGAGAGAAAGGGAAACUGGUGGGUCUGGAUGGAACUGUGAUACACAUGCUCCCCCCUCCUCCGGUCCAACGGCAUCACUGGUUCAGCGAGGCAAAAUCAGACUCCAGUGAGAAGCCAUCGAUUGUUUUCAUGUAUAGAUGUGAACCGACGCAAGCCGAACCAAAGGUUGACCAUCAAUACAAGAAUGGAGUGGAGUCUGCUAUCGCGGAUGUACUUGGAAAAGACAAAGGGGAAACACAGGAGAAGUCUCCAGAGAGCUCUGAGCAGAAAAUAACGAGCCAUCCAUCACCACCUCAGAUCCUGAAGAAAAUCCCCAGUCAAGUGCCCGAUGAUACCACGCUGGAGGACUUGUCCCCCCGUGUCCCAAGAGCCGUGUUUGUGAAGCAGGACAAUGGUGGCAGUGCUUCGGUCAUACCAGUGUCAGCUGUCCGUGCCCCGCAGGGGGAGGAAGACAAAGAAGAAGCUCCACAUCCUUCUGACUUGAAUCCUUGCAGUGCUACGUACAGCAAUUUAGGACAGUCCAGGGCAGCCAUGAUACCUCCAAAACAGCCAAGGCAGCCGAAGGGAGCUUUGGACGAUGCCAUUGCCUUUGGAGGAAUAGUAGAGCAGGAGGCACUGAACAACUUACAGCCAACACCACCUCCACUGCCGAAAAAGACGAUUUUGAGAGCUAACACAGAGCCCAGUCCCAGAGAUCUCCAGAAGCAAGCUCUCGAGAACAAUCUGUGCAUUGUGGCCAAUCCCACCUAUGACAUUGACACCAACUGGGAGGCGAGCAGCGCCUGCUCCUCGGUCAGCUUGGAGCUCAAGGCGCUGGACAACGAGUCGGGAGAUUCCUUGGACAGACCUACGGAAAAGUUAAGGACAACCACCUCAGCAACUAACAGUGUUUCCAGCCUAACCACUAUCAGUAUUAAGGACCGCUGUUCCAAUAGCAUGGAGUCUCUGACGGGGAGACGUAUCUCGCAGUCUAAGCAGAGCAGAGGUGUCCAGAAGCCACAGAGGCAAGCACUUUAUCGAGGAAUUGAAAAUCGAGAAGAAGUGGUAGGUAAAAUCCGAAACCUUCACACCGAUUCGCUGAAGAAGCUGGCACUUAAAUGUGAAGAUUUGUUCAUGGCCGGACAAAAAGACCAGCUGCGAUUUGGAGUAGACAGCUGGUCGGAUUUCAGGCUCACCAGCGACAAGCCAUGCUGUGAGGCAGGUGAUGCAGUUUACUACCCGGCUUCUUAUGCAAAAGAUCCUCUCAACAACUACGCAGUCAAGAUUUGUAAGAGCAAAGCGAAGGAGUCCCAGCAGUAUUAUCACAGCCUGUCUAUCCGGCAGAGUCUGGCUAUCAACUUUAACAUCCAGCAGGAUUGUGGCCAUUUCCUUGCUGAAGUGCCAGUUCGCCUCCUUCCGUGGGAAGAUACCGAUGCACCAGAGGUGGAAGAAGAGCAAGAAGAAGAGCAAGAACCUGAGCAAAAGAACGGAGGCUCUCCUUCCAAUCCAGAGGCUUCGCAGAAGGACAGCUCAAGUAACCAGGGGACCAUCAGCAAGCCACGCAGCCGUGUUGUAGUCAUCACACGAGAGGUGCCGUACUUAACAGUGGCAGAUUUUGUGCGAGAGUCUGCUCCUCGCCAUGCCAAAAGCCCAGAUUUAUAUGAGAGGCAGGUCUGUCUUCUCCUCUUACAGCUGUGUUUGGGCCUGGAGCACCUGAAACCCUAUCACAUCACACACUGUGAUCUGCGCCUAGAGAACCUGCUGCUGGUUCAUUCUAGACCAGGAGGCAGCCCUCUGAGCUCUGAGUCUGUGGAGCCCAGUCCCAACACUGCUUGCCCAGCCAGGUUAAUAGUGAGCAAUUUCUCACAGGCCAAGCAGAAGAGUCAUAUGGUAGAUCCUGAGGUCCUACGGGAUCAGUCCCGCCUGGCUCCAGAAAUUAUCACUGCGACGCAGUACAAAAAGUGCGAUGAAUUUCAGACUGGCAUCCUUAUCUACGAAAUGCUGCACUUACCCAAUCCCUUCGAUGAGAAUCCAGAGCUGAAGGAGAAGGAAUACACUCAUGCUGAUCUCCCCAAGAUCCCUUGCCGCUCCCUCUACUCUCAAGGGCUUCAACAACUUGCCAGCUGCUUGCUGAAUCCCAACCCCUCUGAGAGGAUCCUGAUAUCAGAAGCCAAGGGAAUCCUUCAGUGUUUGCUUUGGGGUCCACGCGAGGACUUGUUCCACGCUCUAAGAACAUCUUCCAACCCAGCCCGGAAAGAUGCUGUACUUCAGAACUGGCUGGACAUCAAAAGGACGCUGCUGAUGAUAAAGUUUGCAGAGAAGUCCUUUGACAGGGACUGUGGAGUGAUUCUGGAAGACUGGCUGUGUUGUCAAUAUCUGGCUUUUGCGACCGUAGACUCGCUUCAUCGCAUUGUGAGAAUCAUGCAGCGGCACUAGUUUAUAGGACCUGUUGCUUUUUGCGAAGCACCUCCAGCCCAGCCCUCACUCCAGCCUGCCCUAGGGCUCACACUUUGAACAAGUGUUUAAAAAAAGGCCUAGAUGUCAAAGCCAGCAACUCUGAGCAAAUAGGUUCUAAUUGGAGAGAUUGCCUCCUGUACCCAGUAUGACAGAACUUUUGCUUUUUUGCCAAGCCUCUUAGGGAUUCGUUUUAUACAUACGACUGCAUUUGGAUCAGACACUUUGUAGCUAGAUAAAUAUCUGGAUGAAAAGGAGAGCAAACUUCGAUACCACUAUUUCUAUAACUACAGUAAACAAAUUGCCCUCCUCUUCUGGGUAGUUUCUGCCAUUUCUGUAUGUAGCAUUGGUAGUGAAUAGCAGUGACCUUUAGCAGAGAUGAAUUAGUUGUAAAUGGGAGAUGGAUGACCCACAUUGCCCCACUGCUUUCGUUCCACAUCCCAUGCAAAAUUUCUUUUCACCUGGUCCCCCACAGCUGGGCUGGACUCUUCUUUCCUUUGGGCUCAACCAAACGGAUUCUCCUCUCUCUCUUACAUUUUAUGCCUUCUUUUUUCCUUGCAGGUGUGGUUGUCCUGCUGAUUGCACCCAUGUCAGCAGGCAGUAAGCAUCCUUGCUUUGUUCUCUUCCCUCCCCUCUGUCUGACACACUGCCUACCCGCAUCCUUUCUAAUCUCAUCCUUGAUUUCAGCAACGUUGCCUUAAUUGGACUGUUAUCCUUGGCUUAAGAGCUCUGCAUUAAAAAGCAGAAUAUGCACACUUAGUCUAUCCUGUUUCCCCUACUUGACGCUCACCAGUCUGGACAGCUGAUGUACUGUAGCUAUAACCACAUUUAUACCAUAAAAAUACAACACAUGGUGGGCAAUUGAAAUUCCCCUUCCAUCGCAUAAGGCACUAAAGCCUGACUUGAAACGGACAGGCCAUGUAUAAUCUUCUCUGACAAUCACUGCUAUGAAUUGGGGUUGAAAAUAACAGCCACCUCUUCUGUUUUAUUUUGGUUUGCUCUUGUCACUUGUGCCAUAUUGCAAAGUGGGACUGAAAUUGGCUCUGCUGGCAUGUUGGCAGGAGAUAGGAGUGUUUAGAGCUCGUCUGCGUGUAGCUAACAGGCCACAUGGAGACACUUUUACUGCAGACACAGUUCUCUGAUGGGUACAAACAAGGGGCAAAACCAGUGUUGUUUAAUUAUCGAGGGAGCUGUUAAGUUUGGCAGCCACAACUAACAGCGCCAUGAUCCGCUUUUCCCACAGCGGUGUUUGGCUGCACUUCUCUUGUCUGCUGUAACCAGUGUAUGCUCACGUUGCUAUAGACAACACCCUGAAAAUGGCACGCUGUCAGAAUAGCUCGAAGAUCAUUGCAGGCAGGGUUUGGGACGAGAGCAGGAAUUACUGAGAAUGAGAAGCAAAAUUUGAAAAAAUUCAACCUGAAGGAGCUUUGCAUUUUUAGAGACAUCUGCUGACUUCCUUCCCUGACCCAAUGGCUGUUUCCUCCAGAACCUCUGCAGUUGAACAGACGGUGUGUUUGCUCAGUAUUGCUAGGCUCUGAAUCGCUCUCUGAAUCGCUCUGAAGAACUCAUUUGGAUGUAGAGGAACAAGUGAUGCUGAAUAUUCUAACCCAGGUGAUGGAAAGCAGACAGCCCUAGUUAUGAGCCUGUGCUUCUCUUCUAUGGAUCUAUGUGCAAUUCUUGUAUGUAUUUUUUAAAGCUGUAUGUUACAGUGUUCACUUUACACACCAGCCUUUACCGGAUGCUAGAUCUGCAGCCCCUUCCUUUACUUUCCUGGCACAUAAAUGCAGCUAUCCAUGUGUUCCUUUUAUGGAUGGAUGUUUCAUUUUAACUGUUAAAACUGUGAGGAAUCAAUUCACUUCAGCCUUGAAACAAAUAGCCACUUUAUACAGCGUAUGCAUGCUUGGACCAGAUGCAUGGAAACGGAACAAACAGUCCUGCAGGCUUAAGGUCAGCAAAACUAGCUCUGGAUCCACACCAUUCGUUUGGAGGGGUUGAAAUUUCUGUGUUAUUCUUCUCUGGCAUCUCUCAGAGCUAAGCUGAGUACUGUGUAAGCCUACAUCGAUUGUGCUGUAGUAUGUAGACAGUCUCUGUGACCUUUCUCAAGACUUCUUGAAACUUCUGAUUAUUAUUCUUGUGUUUGAUUCACCUGUAUCAGUGAAGGAUCAGGCAAGGAUAAAGGGUAAUAUAUUUUCAUGUGAUAGAUAUUUUUUCUUUCUUUUCUUGGCAAGAAGGUAAGGAUGGCGGCAUUGAUGGGGGGAAAAAAAAGACUGUGCUUUAAAAGCCCAAGUGCAAUGUAUGUAGUUGAGAUGCUUCGCUACAUCAGGAAAGAAAGUUUCUAUACUACUGCCGAGCAGCUUGUAGAAGAACCUUCACAAAGAAUCACACACACAGGUUGGGUGCAGCCCUGCUUUACCUGGAGACGGGAGGGCAGUGCCCUCAGGGCUUACACACGCCAAGCACGACAAGCCGUGCAUCCUGUCUGCUGGCUGUUAGUCGCAGUGCUGAGCUGAGAGCAGGGCUUCGUGUUCUCUGUGGUCUGGUUUGUGUUUGUUUCAUAGUGCCUGCGCGCACAUAACUUCUCACCCAACUCCUGUAGGCUGUUGGAGCAGUUCUUGGACCACUUGUCAUUGCAUGGGGCUCGUUCCUUGAAGCCAGUAGGUUUCUGUGUUUUGGGAUUCACUUUCAUGUCAACACGCACAUGCAAAGUUGAAUUUUGAAUGUUUUACAACCAUACGUAUUUAAAGCAGCUGGUCCAAAGCCUUUGUAUCUCUAGCUAUCUACUUUCUGUUUGUAUUUUUUGUGAUGAACCAAUACUCAUUUUAACUCUGCAGUAUAAGCAAGCAUGGAUAGAUGUUCACUACCCAUCCCUUCUUGUGCAGCACUGGGUAAACUUCAGCAAUUUGUAAUGUUGUGUGUUUUUCUUUAGAGAAGUCAAACACAACCUGGCCUGAGGUAUUCCUUCGGGGAGCUUGAGGCUGACUUUGCAGGUGUGCCCAUAACUCUGAUGCUGGUAUGGUAAUGUUUGUGGUGGUCCUUCAUCCUGGCAACAGAUAUUGCCACGUAAAUAUCCAAGAAUGUAUGCAUUAAACUGAUUGUAAACAGAUCCUAAGAAUGCUACAGCAUAAUUGCGAAGCAAAAGGAAAAAAACCCUUCUGUUUGCAGUUGAGAUCCUGUGUAUGGCAGGAGCAAAACCCCUGGCUGUGCAUGUUUUAACUCACGUGGAUACGUGCACAGAUCUUGAAUUUUUUAGCAGUCGCACUUUCAGUUGAGCUCAAGAAAUAGGAAGAGCUGCAAAUCUAAGAUAACAGUAUUGAUUGUAAAUAUAUAUUUUUCUAUUAAUAAAAGCUGUCAGUCAGAUAUUUUUAUCAUGAACUCUAAAGAAUUUUCCAGUGGAACUAACUUCUGGAAAAUCACGUGCUUGUUUGAAGAACUUUCAUGAGUGGUUUCUGAUCUCAUUAGAGCCAUUAAAACCCUCUCUAAUGUAGCAGAGAGGGCACAGUGAUUGGAUUCACAACAUGUAGUGCCUUGUCCAGAAACUCAAACGAAGCCGGUCAGUUGGUAGAAAUCUUAUUCUUCUUGUAAUAGCCCUAUAAAUAAUACUGCCCACGUUAAGAUGCAGAAGAAAUAAAUAGAUUAAUAAAUUAAAUGCUGUACUUUGUACAAUACUGAGUUGACCUAUCCAAUAAGAUCUGUUUCUGAAGUUGCAGGCAGGUGAACAGGUUCUUCCCAGUUGCUUGUAGUACAGCGUCAACCUGAUUAACAACCAAAACUAUGGGCUUUCAGGUCUGGAACUGCAUCUGCACAGGGAGAACAGGACGAGUCAAUUGGUUAGACUGACGGCCACAUCAAAACAAGCCUAAUGCUUUGACAAUCUCAGCUCUAGGAGACGAGGAGCUGCAUUAGUUUGGAAGGAGCAGUGCAGGUAAGGUGUGCUGAUCCCGAGGGCAGUAGUGGAUGUGCUGCACACCGUGCUCUGUGGAUGAAAUGAACACCUCUGGUAAAAGAGGGGUUCUGGAAAACCUACUCCUUGAGAUGCUACGGAGGAUGGGUUUGUUCUGUCUUUCUUACAUUGGAAUUCCUUAUUCCUCAGAUCUGAUACGGUCAAUGUGCGUAACCAGGUGAAUAUGAAGAGAAUCUAUCAGCAAAACCUUACCUAGAAAUUUUCAGGAAUGAGAGAAUCCAGAAUCUUAUUUUGGAGCCUCAGCGAUGUCCAGUUCAGAGGCCUGAUCUCUCUUCAGCAUUCAGACAUGAUGAAACCAACAACACAAGCUGGGAUGCUUUGCUGCUGGCCUGCAGACAGGAACGCACAGCAUUUACUCAAACACUCCAGCUUAAAUCUUGUGUGCUCCACGCAUCCCAGCAGCCCCCACAAGGUAUGAAUGGAUCAUUUUGACAUUUCAACACAGAGGAGCUCCAACACAUUAGGAAAAGAUAUUAUUUAAAUAAAUCAGAUGUGUGUUAGUGAUCGACCACCUAGAGAAUUGAUUCAGCAGCUUUGCACCGUAGGGCCGUAACUUUAGCAUAUAAAAAUAGUAUUUGCUGCUGAAUUAAGAUGUAUCUGUUUUUCUCUGCUCUUGUGAGAGCUGAGAAGCCCCACUUAAGUUAAUAUAUGUUGUUUGUAGUAACAAAUUCAUGUGGAAAUAUAAAUUAAAUAGUUCUGGUUUUAUUUAAAUCAGUUGCAACUUUUCUAAGGGAUACGAUGGUGACUGAAUCAAACCAUUUAAUGCAAUCUCCUUUCCUCUUUACUCCAAACAAGAGCUAAAGCAUGUGCAUCUCUGUGCAAGCAGUGCAUGACCAUUUCUCAGCGUGUGAGCGGGCUGUGUGCUCAACUGUGGCUUUGCUAAGAUGCUCUUGGUUCUGCUACAGCUCCUGUAAAACCUACAGCACAAAGAGCCCUUCAGUGCACGGCACAGAGGUGAGGUGGUGAUGUGGUUAUGCAGUAACAUAACAUCAAAGAAGGGCAGAGUUAAGAGUUUUUAAUGCCUGUAAUAAUAGGCCUGUGGAGAUAUUCUGUAGACUGUCAUCUGGAUUCCAAACACAUUAAGGAAUACAAAGAAAAUGCUUUUCAGAAGAAAUUCUGGUAGACAUUCCUAUGGAUUUGACUAUUCACCUGGAUGCAGUAUUAGAAGGAUGGUGGUUUUGAACAGACGUAGAAUGUAAUUUAAAUAACUCCCUAUAAGCCUCCUUAUUGGUGCUCCACUCAGCAUUUAGUUGGAAACCACAGAAUGCUUUCAGAUCAAGCAGAGUCGCCAGUCAGAAAUGAAACACUCAGCAUACCUGUACAUAAGCAUAUUCCCACUCUAUAGAAUGUGAGGAUUUGGAUUGUACUUCAGAUUAUGAAGAUUUCCAUAAACCCAAGGGGAAAAUUUCAGGGAUUUAUGAGACGCUGGAAUUUAUUUUUUUUUAUGUGGAAGAAAUAUAUGUUCACAUAUAUACAUAAAUAUAUAUGAGUGUGUGCAGGCACAUUUAUAUGUAUGUAUGUAUGUGUAUGAAUUUUUGUAUCCCAAAAGUAUUCUUUGCCCCCUUUAAUCUGAAAAUAUAUAUAUUAUAUAUCGUAUAUAUAAUAUAUAUUUAAGGUUGUGUAAGUUUGAAUACAGUCAUUUCAGAAGUAACACCUCUUCAAAAAUGACCCAGCCUCUAUUUCUUUAUCAUUUGGCUUGUUGGGAUUGGAAAGUUUUGCAGUUGAAAUCCUUGGGUUUUUUUCUUUUAAAACUUAAUUAUGCUGAGCAUCAUCUAACAAUAUGUUCUUGUCUUUAAUAGAAGGGGAGAAAUUAUUUUUAAAUUAGGGGUUACAAAAUGGAUGAUCUUUUAUAAGCGAGAUUUCUUUAAAAUCCCUUGAAUGAGGGAUUUGUUUUUCUUGAAUUUGAACUCCAUUCUUGUGGGUAAUUUGUAUUUGGAAUUCCUGGUUGCAUUGCUUUAUCUGGUGCUUCAUAUCAACAUGUACACGUUUUUAUAUAAGUAUAUAAACUUCAAGCCUUCCUUUGUGAUCAGGGGCAGUUACACUCUGGUUUGCUGUGGUACUUUGCUGUGUACUCUGUGGCAUUCAUGUUACUGUGUAAAUAAACUAGUUUUAUUACACUCCA